AUGGAUUUUUUUUGGAAGAUGUGGACAUGGAUUUUGAGCCUAGUCAUGGUUUCAUCGGAAUUUCACAGUGACAACAGGCUUUCAUAUAGUUCUCAAGAGGAAUUCCUGUCUUACCUUGAACACUACCAACUAACAAUCCCAAUAAGGGUUGAUCAAAAUGGAGCCUUCCUCAGCUUUACUGUGAAAAAUGCUAAACCGUCAAGAAGGAGGAGGAGUACAGACCCUUAUAACCAAGAACUGGCAUCAUCUAAAUUAUUUUUUAAACUUUCUGCCUAUGGCAAGCACUUUCAUUUAAACCUGACUCUCAACACAGAUUUGGUGUCUAGACAUUUUACAGUAGAAUACUGGGGGAAAGAUGGACCUCAGUGGAAGCACGAUUUUUUAGACCACUGUCAUUACACAGGAUAUUUGCAAGACCAACACAGUACAACUAAAGUGGCCUUAAGCAACUGCAAUGGUCUGCAUGGUGUCAUUGCUACAGAAGAUGAAGAGUAUUUUAUUGAGCCUUUAAGGAAUAUAACAAAAAAUUCCAGUAACUUUAAUUAUGAAAAUGGUCAUCCACAUGUUAUAUACAAAAAGUCUGCCAUGCACCAGCAACAUCUCUAUGCUCGUGGUCACUGUGGAGUCUCAGACCUCACAAGAAGCGGUAAACCGUGGUGGAUGAGUGAUGCAUCUGCUUUUCCAACUUCACUUCCAGUCAAUGACACGUUAAAUAGUCAUAGUCGACAGAAGAGAUCAGUAAGCCUUGAACGGUUUGUGGAAACGCUGGUAGUAGCAGACAAAAUGAUGGUGGGAUACCAUGGUCGCAAAGACAUUGAGCACUAUGUUUUGAGUGUAAUGAAUAUUGUUGCCAAACUUUAUCAUGAUUCCAGUCUAGGAAACAUUGUGAAUAUUAUAGUGACACGUUUAAUUGUCCUCACUGAAGACCAGCCAAACUUGGAGAUAAACCACCAUGCAGACAAGUCCCUCGAUAGCUUCUGUAAGUGGCAGAAAUCCAUUCUGUCCCAUCAAAGUGAUGGAAACACCAUUCCAGAAAAUGGGAUUGCCCACCAUGAUAACGCGGUUCUUAUUACUAGAUAUGAUAUCUGCACUUAUAAAAACAAGCCUUGUGGAACACUGGGCUUGGCCUCUGUGGCUGGAAUGUGUGAGCCUGAAAGGAGCUGCAGCAUUAAUGAAGACAUUGGCCUAGGUUCAGCUUUUACCAUUGCACAUGAGAUUGGUCACAAUUUUGGUAUGAAUCAUGAUGGAAUUGGAAAUUCCUGUGGGACCAAAGGUCAUGAAGCAGCAAAGCUAAUGGCAGCUCAUAUUACAGCAAACACCAACCCUUUCUCUUGGUCAGCCUGCAGUCGGGAUUACAUCACCAGUUUUUUAGAUUCAGGCCGUGGUACUUGCCUUGAUAAUGAGCCUCCCAAGCGUGAAUUUCUUUAUCCAGCUGUGGCCCCAGGUCAGGUGUAUGAUGCUGAUGAACAGUGUCGCUUCCAGUAUGGAGCAACAUCUCGCCAAUGUAAAUAUGGGGAAGUGUGUAGAGAGCUCUGGUGCCUCAGCAAAAGUAACCGCUGUGUUACCAACAGCAUUCCAGCAGCUGAAGGUACUCUUUGCCAAACAGGGAGCAUUGAAAAGGGGUGGUGUUAUCAGGGAGAGUGCGUACCUUUUGGCACUUGGCCCCAGAGCAUAGAUGGGGACUGGGGUUCGUGGUCAAUAUGGGGAGAGUGCAGCAGGACCUGCGGGGGAGGAGUCUCCUCAUCUGUAAGACACUGUGACAGUCCAGCGCCUUCAGGUGGAGGCAAAUAUUGUCUUGGAGAAAGGAAACGGUAUCGCUCCUGUAAUACUGAUCCAUGUCCUCCUGGGGACCGUGAUUUUCGAGAAAAACAAUGUGCGGACUUUGACAAUAUGCCUUUCCGGGGAAAGUAUUAUAACUGGAAACCCUACACUGGAGGUGGGGUUAAACUAUGUGCAUUAAACUGCUUGGCUGAAGGCUAUAAUUUUUACACUGAACGUGCUCCUGCAGUAAUAGAUGGGACUCAGUGCAAUGCUGAUUCACUGGAUAUCUGUAUCAAUGGAGAAUGCAAGCAUGUAGGCUGUGAUAACAUUUUGGGGUCUGAUGCUAAGGAAGAUAGAUGCCGUGUUUGUGGAGGAGAUGGGAGUACAUGUGAAGACAUUGAAGGUUUCUUCAAUGAUUCAUUGCCCAGAGGAGGCUAUAUGGAAGUGAUUCAAAUUCCAAGAGGUUCUGUACACAUUGAGAUAAGAGAAGUGGCAAUGUCAAAGAACUACAUUGCUUUAAAAUCUGAAGAGGAUGACUACUAUAUUAAUGGUGCCUGGACUAUUGACUGGCCAAGAAAGUUUGAUGUUGCUGGAACAGCUUUCCAUUACAAGAGGCCAACAGAUGAACCAGAGUCUUUGGAAGCACUAGGCCCUACUUCAGAAAAUCUCAUAGUCAUGAUUCUGCUACAGGAACAAAAUUUGGGUAUAAGGUAUAAAUUCAGUGUUCCCAUCUCUCGCACUGGCAGUGGAGAUAAUGAAGUUGGCUUUGCAUGGAAUCAUCUGCCUUGGUCAGAAUGUUCUGCUACUUGUGCUGGAGGUGUGCAGAAACAAGAGGUGGUGUGUAAAAGGCUGGAUGACAACUCCAUUGUACAAAACAAUUACUGUGACCCUGACAGUAAGCCUCCAGAAAACCAAAGAGCCUGCAACACUGAGCCUUGCCCACCUGAAUGGUUUAUAGGAGAUUGGUCAGAAUGCAGUAAGACCUGUGAUGGAGGAAUGCGUUCAAGAACAGUUCUCUGUAUCAGAAAGAUUGGGCCUUCUGAGGAGGAGACACUGGACAAUACCAACUGUUUAACACAUCGGCCUAUUGAAAAAGAGCCGUGUAACAAUCAGUCCUGUCCCCCACAGUGGGUCACUAUGGACUGGUCAGAAUGCACACCAAAGUGUGGCCCAGGGUUCAAACACCGAAUUGUUCUGUGCAAAAGCAGCGAUCUUUUAAAAACUUUUCCAGUCGCGCAAUGCCAAGAGGAAAGCAAACCUCCAGUCCGCAUCCGCUGUAGUUUAGGCCGAUGUCCUCCUCCUCGCUGGGUCACUGGAGACUGGGGACAGUGUUCUGCACAGUGUGGUCUUGGGCAACAGAUGCGAACAAUACAAUGCCUCUCAUACACUGGACAAGCAUCCAGUGAGUGUCCAGAAACACUUAGACCUCCAUCAAUGCAGCAGUGUGAAAGUAAAUGUGACAGUACACCCAUUUCCAACACAGAAGAGUGCAAAGAUGUGAACAAAGUGGCAUAUUGCCCACUGGUGUUGAAGUUCAAGUUCUGCAGUCGAGCAUACUUCAGACAGAUGUGCUGCAAGACCUGCCAAGGACGCUGA